AUGCCUUUGGAAUUCGCUCUUCAACACAGAGGUCUUUUCCCCGAUCCAGGUCCGUGGAAGAUUCCCCAGACACGAAAUGUUGUUCUCAGAGAUACCCUCGGUAUUGAUGCCCUUCCCCGACAACGCUUCAACAAGACCAAGAGGACGCCCUAUGUUCUUAAUAUUAUGGUAGUUGGUGAAAGUGGUCUUGGGAAAACUACUUUUAUGAAUACCCUGUUCAACACGCCCCUCAAAGAAGAGAUUCAUCCCAAAAAUCCUCAGUCCACACAAACAGUGGAAAUUUUACCUGUGCACUACGAAUUGGUUGAAGAUGGAGUCACUCUUAAUCUCACCGUCGUAGACACUCCCGGAUUUGGUGACCAACUCAACCGAGAGAACAAUCUUGAUCCCAUUGUCGAAUAUAUAGACAACCAAUUUGAGGCCUAUCAUGCAGCUGAACGCAGUUCCGAAUUUAGGCGUGCAAUUCCAGACACUCGCAUACAUGCUCUGUUAUAUUUCAUUGCACCAACCGGCCAUGCACUCAAAGAACUUGAUAUCAAAGCACUCCAAGUUCUGUCUGCCAAAGUAAAUGUAAUUCCGGUCAUCGCGAAAGCCGAUACUCUCACACAAGAGGAAAAAGCUGCAUUUAAAAAGACGAUAUUAAGGGACAUUGAUGCCAACUCGAUCAGGAUUUUCCCGACGGCAUAUCCUGACGACCGAGAAAGUGUCGAAGAACUUGAGAAAUAUAUUCCUUUUACGGUGAUCGGCAGUGAUACGUUUGUAGAUGUCGGCGGCAAAAAAGUGCGCGGGAGAUCAUAUCGAUGGGGUAUUGUUGAAGUUGAAAAUGAACAGCAUUGUGACUUUAUUCACCUUCGUGAACUCCUCAUGACACAUGCUCUUCACGAUCUUCUCGAAACAAGUCACACGGUCCAUUAUCACAACUAUCGCGCUCAAAAACUUCGAUCCAGUGGUCGUCCAGAAUCAAUCCUUGCCUGUGAUGAUUCUUAUGAACACAGAAUUGAAAGAAGCAAGCAAAGCAUGGAGGAGGAAAUGAAAAAGAAGGAAGAAGAAAUGAGACAAAACUUUAUAAUGAAAGUUAGGGAAAAGGAAGCAAGUUUGAAGGAUAGAGAAGAACAGCUCAACCUACGUCGACAACAACUCAUGGAAGAGUUGGAAGAACAACGUUUAGCACUUGCAGCCGAUGAACGUGAAUUCCAAGAAUUAUAUAAUGCUAGUCGGAACGCAAGUGUUUCAAAAGGCAGCAAGAUUUUUGGCAAGAAGAAUUAA